GGCGUCUGUCCGUCUGAAACUCAAACUGCAAUCAUGUCAACCAGCAGAGUGGAAACAGCCGCUCACAGCCCGCUGCUCUCCUCCAGGUCUGUAACAACCAGCGGAAACACUUUGCUUACACAGCUUGUGUUUCAGCCCGUGGUCGUGUGUCUGUGUGAAGGGCUGGUCAGCCACCAUGUGGAACGGCCUCCCCGACCCACUGCUGACUGCUGCCAACUCCUCCAGAUGCUCCGCCCCCGAACCAUGGCUCCUCCCCGGCUGCAGCUCUGUCUUCGACAGCCUGGUCAGUAACACGUCUCCGACCCCGUCUCCUCCUGCUGCCAGCGGCCUGAGAGGACGAGAGCGAGCUGCCAGCAACAAACCUCGAAGGCCGUCCAUCCUGGAGCGAUGUAUCCUCAAAGUGUCCACCAGCAGUGUCGCUGUGGGGACAGAAGAUCUGGACAACAAGCGGCCCCCUCUUGGCCGCUGCUACCCCCGCCUCCCGGACCCGGCCAACACCGAGACCAACGCUGCGGUUCUGAAGCGGCGGCAGAAACAGAUCCAGUACGGCAAAAACACCAGCGGCUACCAGAACUACCUGCAGCAAGUCCCCAAACACAUGAGGGACGCCAAAUUCCACCCAUCCACCCCCAACAAGUACAGGAAGUACAGCCGACGCUCCUGGGACAUGCAGGUGCGUCUGUGGAGGCGAGCGCUGCACCUUUGGGACCCUCCGUCUGAGAGCCAGCCAGACGCCACCGACACACAUGACCCAGUGGAGCAACUGCAGAGCCAGCUGGCGAAGAUGACCUCCGACCUGUGUGAGGACGGAGGAGACAAGCAGAGAGAGAAGGAGACUCCAGAAGCCUCUAAAGCCUCCUCUGUGUCUCCUCUGUCGGCUGUGAUGUCGCUGGAGCUGCCUGGAUCCUGGAACGUCCCGCUGUCACCGGAGGCUGAGAUGAACCUCAGGACUCUGCGCUCUCCUCCCGGCCUCGGUCAGCUGACCAACGACAACAACAACAUGACUGACUGGCUCCGCCUUCUGCUGGAGGCUGACAACGACCAAGGUGAGGUCACAGAUUUCGGCUCCGAUGACCAGCAGGUUCCUGUGUUUUCCGACCAGCUCUUUUGGAACCCGUACUGAAUGUCAGCAGAUCUCCACUGACCUGAAACAAACGAGGUUCAGCCGUCUGUCAACAUCACAAACUCCUCGAUCAUCAUCAAGGAGACGUCGUUGGUCCUGAAGGUGUCAGAGUAAAGUUCGUGUGUUUCCAGUUUCCAGUACGUUUGACUUUUUAAGAUGGUUGAAAAUUUACUAUAACGACAGCAGGGAUGUGAUUGGUCCUUGAUCUACCCACCCCCUCCAGGAGGAGGAACCACCCUCCGCUCCUGCAGGAGUGUUGAGGUUUCCCAGCUGCUCUUGAAAGCGUCCUCUGGUCGGACAGCUGGACACUUUGACCUGAGCAUGGUACUAUAGUUUGCACGUUGUAUAUUUCUGUUGACCUGCGUCAGAUGGAGCACUUCUCACCUGCAUCAUGUUUUAGUUUUAGGAAUCCUGCACUGAUGGAAAGCUGCUAAUUUAUUUUAUUUGAAGUCACAAAUUUAUUUAACGAACCCAUGUGGUGUCACUUUAUGGCCUCUCUGCAGGCUGUUGUCUUUGGUCCACCAUCACCGUCAUGCUCUGCCGUCUGUCUGUCUGUCUGUCUGUCUGGAUCAGGCUCCAGCUCCUCCUCUCUACCUCCAUGUUUUUUCUAAAAAACAGAAACCCUGAUUGUCGGAGGGAAACAGCUGUCACUUUGUGUUGUUGGUUUUCUUUUACUUUUUUCUCUUUGUCAUUUUGUGCUGCUCGAAUAUUGAGAGCAAAGCUGAAAGAUGUGAUUAAUAAAGAUGU